GGAACAAAUAUUGCAAACCCAUCCACAUUUACUCCCUGCAGCCAUUGAUCAGCAGCUUGAGAACCUUGAAACUGAGAGAGAUACCCAGAGAAAUGAAAGUCCUCCAUCUCAAGAUUCCCUUUACAAAGCAGGUCAUCAAUCUAGGGUGACUAUUUAUUCUCACCACCCAGCUUAGGAGAGAUCUUGGCCACCGACCGGCCGUUUCGACCCCGAUCAACAUCGCCGGCGUCGCCUCAACUCCCUCAUUCCACCACUGCGUGCUGUUGCUUGAUCCAGUACACCAUUAAAGGACUUCUGAGGUUUGGCUCUCAGAUCUUAUUUCGGUAUUUGCUUGAUUUGUGAUUUUGGGUUAUUUUGCUGCUAUAAGCUCUUUGGAUUAGCAUUUCGGUUAGUUUUUUUUGUCUCAACAAAUGGCAGACAAUAAGAAUGUUAUUUCUGAUGUGAUUCCGGUGAUGACUAAGAUCACGGAACACAAAAUUAAUGACUCGAAUUACCUGGAGUGGAGUAAGAUUGUUAGGGUUUAUUUGCGUAGCAUUGAUAAGGAUGAUCAUCUUACUAAAGAUCCACCCACAGAUGAUACACGACAAACUUGGCUCAGGGAGGAUGCUCGGUUGUUUUUGCAGCUUCGGAACUCGAUUCACAGUGAGAUAAUUAGUUUAAUUAAUCACUGUGAAUUUGUUAAGGAAUUGAUGGAUUACUUAGAUUUUCUGUAUUCUGGUAAAGGGAAUAUCUCCCGUAUUUAUGAUGUUUGUAAGGCAUUCUACCGUGCUGAGAAAGAGGAUAAGUCUCUCACGGCUUAUUUAAUGGAUUUUAAACGGGUAUAUGAGGAACUUAAUGUGUUGUUGCCUUUUAGUCCUGAUGUGAAAGUUCAGCAGGCCCAACGGGAGCAACUGGCUGUUAUGAGUUUUCUUGCAGGCCUUCCUUCAGAGUAUGAGACUGCUAAAUCUCAGAUUCUCUCCAGUUCUGAGAUUUCCUCUUUGCAUGAAACGUUCACACGGGUCCUUUGUACAGAGAGUACCCAAUCUUCAUAGCCUGCCAGUAGUGUUCUUAUUAGCCGUAAUCCAAAUAGACAACAGGGUAAUAGAGGAGGAAGUAGAGGAGGAAUUAUAGGCAACAGAAGUAAUCAGCGUAAUGGAGAGGCUAGUUCUAAUCAGGACUCAAGAGGAGUCAUUUGUUAUUAUUGCCAUGAGCCUGGCCAUACAAAAUAUAAUUGUCCGCAAUUUCAGAGAAAAAAUUAGCGAUCACAUAUGGCAAAUAUGGCAGCAGAGAAUUCUAUAGUAUCUUCCUCUGAGAAAACUAUUUUGGUAUCUGCAGAGGAUUUUGCACAAUUUUUCCAGCAUCAGGCAUUUCUAAAGCCUACCAGUUCCCCCGUUACUGUGAUCGCUGAGUCAGGUAAAUCCACUACACGCCUUGUGUCUUCUUCAUCCAAAUGGGUUAUUGAUUCUGGUGCGACAGAUCACAUGACAGGUAAUUCUAGUCUUCUAUCUGCUUUUCAGUCUAAUCUCACUUCCUCUACCGUUACUUUAGCUGAUGGUUCAAUUUCUUGUGUCAUGGGUUUUGGAACUGCGAAUCCGACUUCGUCAAUUUCUUUGUCUUCUGUUUUGUGUCUACUAAAAUUCUCUUUUAAUAUACUUUCUGUUAGUAAAAUUACUCGUACCUUAAAUUGUUCUAUUUCCUUUUUUCCUGACCAGUGUUUAUUUCAGGAUCUAUGUUUGCUUUAGUACUUUAACACCUCUUGAAGCUCAUUGUAGAUUGGGUCAUCCUUCUUUGUCUACCAUGAAGAAGCUGUGUCCUUAAUUUCAGUCUUUAUCAGUACUAGAAUGUGAGUCAUGUCAGUUUGCAACACAUCAUCGUUUGCCUUCUGUGUCUAGAGUCAAUAAACAGGCUUCAUCCCCUUUUGAGUUAGUUUAUUCUGAUGCUUGGGGUCCUUGUUCUGUUACUUCUAAAACUGGAUUUCGUUAUUUUGUUACUUUUGUUGAUGAUUACUCUCGUGUUGCCUGGUUAUAUUUAAUGAAGAAUCGUUCUGAGUUAUUUUUUUUAUCUUUUGUGCCUUUUGUAAUGAAAUCAAAACUCAAUUUAAUAUUUUUGUGCGCAUAUUAAGAAGUGACAAUGCCAAAGAAUACUUUUCAGCACAAUUUUAGUCUUAUAUGAUACAAAAUGACAUUCUUCAUCAGUCUUCCUGUGUGGAUACCCCAUCCCAAAAUGGCGUGACCGAAAGAAAAAAUUGGCAUCUUCUUGAGGUAACUCGUGCUCUUCUUUUUCAGAUGAAAGUUCCUAAACACUUUUGGGCGGAUGCAGUUUCUACAGCAUGUUUUUUGAUCAAUCGUAUGCUGUCUUCUGUCCUUAAUGGGGAUAUUCCUUAUACUGCUUUGUUUUUUACAAAAUCUUUGUUUCCUAUUGAACCCCGUAUUUUUUGUUGUACCUGUUUUGUGCGUGAUGUUCGUCCACAGGUUACUAAAUUGGAUCCAAAAUCUCUCAAAUGUGUCUUCCUUGGGUACUCCCUUCUCCAAAAAUGGUACAGUUGUUUCUCUCCUACUCUUAAUCAUUAUCUUGUUUCUGCAGAUGUCACAUUUUUUGAGUCCACUCCAUUUUUUCCUCAAUCAUUUGUGUAUGAGAGUCAGGGGGAGGAGGAUGAUCUCUUAAUAUAUACUGUCCAACCAAUGUCUAGUCCUCUCCCACAGCCUGUUUCUUCUGUCUCUAGACCUACUCGACCUCCCAUUGUUCAUGUUUAUUCCAGGAGAUUGGAGAUUUCUGACUCAGAUCCUCCACCAGCUACUUCGUUGGGAGAUCCUGUACCUCAUACUGAUCAUGAUUCUAAUCUAGACUUACCCAUUGCUCUUCGUAAAGAUAAACGUUCAUGUACUUACCCUAUCGCUUCUUUUGUUUCUUCUAAUCAAUUGUCUUCUUGUUCUCAAUGUUUUGUUAUUUCUUUAGACUCUGUUCCUAUCCCUAAUACUGUUGGUGAGGCACUGUCUCAUCUUGGCUGGUGUGAUGCUAUGAAAGAGGAAAUGGAGGCUUUAGAUGGUAAUGGUACAUGGGAACUGUUGCCUUUGCCCACUGGUAAGAAAGCUAUUGGUUGCAAAUGGGUAUUUACAGUAAAGGUAAAUCCUGAUGAUUUCGUGACUAGGCGAAAAGCACGCCUUGUAGCAAAAGGAUAUGCUCAGACAUAUGGGGUUGAUUACUCUGACACUUUUUCUUCUGUAGCUAAACUUACUUCUAUUCGCUUGUUUAUCUCUUUAGCAGCUACAUAUGAUCGGCUCCUGCAUCAAUUGGAUAUCAAGAAUGCUUUCCUUCAUGGUUAUCUUCAGGAGGAGGUGUAUAUGGAGCAACCACCUGGGUUUGUUGCUCAAGGGGAGUUGGGUAAAGUUUGUAGGCUUCAGAUGUCUCUUUAUGGCUUGAAACAAAGUCCUAGGACAUGGUUUGGGAGAUUCAGUGAAGCAGUACAGGAAUUUGGUAUGCAAAAGAGUAAGUGUGAUCACUCAGUAUUUUAUAGGCAAUCUGAGGUUGGUCUAAUUCUCCUGGUAGUCUAUGUGGAUGACAUUGUCAUCACUGGGAGUGAUUCUGCAGGUAUUUCAUCUCUUAAAACCUUCCUCCAAACCCAGUUUCAGACCAAAAACUUGGGAUUAUUAAAGUAUUUCUUGGGUAUUGAAGUUAUGAGAAGUAAGAAGGGUAUUUUCUUGUCUCAAAGAAAAUAUGUCCUCGAUCUAUUGACAGAGACAGGAAAAUUAGGUGCUAAGUCUUGUAGUGCACCAAUGACUCCAACUUUACAACUGUUAGCAGGGGAUAGUGAGUUAUUUGAAGAUCCAGAGAGAUACAGGAGAUUGGUAGGAGAAUUGAACUACCUUACAGUCACUCGUUUUGACAUUACUUAUACUGUUAGUGUGGUAAGUCAGUUUAUGUCUUCCUCAACUGUUGCUCAUUGGGAAGCCUUAGAACAAAUCUUGUGUUACCUGAAGGGCGCUCCAGGAAGAUGUUUGCUAUAUGGUAAUCAUGGGCAUUUGAAUGUUGAAUGUUUUUCAGAUGCCGACUGGGCUAAAUCUAAGGUUGACAGGAGGUAAACUACUGGAUAUUGUGAUUUUGUUGGAGGAAAUUUGGUGUCUUGGAGAAGCAAGAAGCAGAGUGUAGCUUCUCAAUUUAGUGCUGAAUCCGAAUACAGAGCCAUGGCACAAUCAGUAUGUGAGGUAAUGUGAAUACUUCAAUUACUAGAUGAGACAGGUUUUAAGACCUCCCUGCCUGCAAAAUUGUGGUGUGAUAAUCAAGCUGCUCUCCAUAUUGCUUCUAAUCCGGUGUUUCAUGAGCGGACCAAACAUAUUGAGAUUGAUUGUCACUUUAUUCGUGAAAAGAUUCAACAACAGAUCAUCUCAACAGGACACAUCAAAACUGGAGAGCAGUUAGGAGAUAUUUUCACAAAAGCUCUGAAUGGAGCUAGGAUUGACUACAUUUGUAACAAGUUGGGCAUGAUUAACAUCUAUGCUCCAACUUGAGGGGAAUGUUAUGAAAAGUCAAUCACUAUAUUAUUUCUCUGUAUAUUCUGUAUUCUGUAUUCCUAUUUAUGAUUUCUUAUUUAGGAUUUCUUCCUAAUUAGUAGAACACAAUUAUAGGAAUCAAUUAUAUAUAUAUACCCAUGUACAGAUUAAUUGAAAUUAAGGAGAAUCAUCUCUUUCUACAGUUAGUUUCUUGAUUCUCUACAUUUAUAGGAGAUACGUUACAUUUGUGAAAAACGCGACUUGCCUUGUAACAGAUGAUACAUCCAUUUUGCAUUGAUAUUAUUGCCGAUUCACUAUGGUUUGUGGCUUACUUUCUGAAUUGCCCAAUAUAGUAUUGAUCCCUUCAAAAUUUCAUUACAUAUUAGCCGAUAUGACAUGUGAUGGACAAUAUUUAAUAUCCUGGUAGGGCAUUGGUCAUAGUGCCUCUAUUGUUGAAAGUCGACCUCUAACAGGAACUCACCUUAUGGGCCUAAGCACAUGGCCCAAAAGACAUUACCACCAUACUUGAACUUGCCAAUCUACCAGAAUCUGAUGUUGGAAGUGUUGGAAUCUUGUUGGACCACCACUACCAAAAUACCUAUCAGUAAUACUUCUAUUUUCAACAUUAUUCUUAUUAAAUUCCUCUCCUCAUACCUUAUUUUUGACCCUCUCACAUUCUUACCCGAUCCAUUUACCUACCCAACUCCUUUGUCUCUAGGUUAUCUGUGUUUCUUUUCCCUUUUUUUAAUAACAAUAGUAACAAUGCUUUCUGGGUUGGUUUUUGGGUUUCCAGAAUCUGGUUGUGUUUUAUGUCCUAGCAAAUCAUCAUAGCUUUGUAAAGGGUGACCCAGUGCAUGAAGCAUCCACACUUGUGGGCUUUGGAUCAUAGCAUUGUCUUAGAGAAAAAGAAAUUGUUAAUGUGAAGUCUAUAAUGAUUUGUGUAUUUUCCUUGUGACUAUAUGGUUAACUAUGGACUGAUGCUUUGAGGAUUGUUUACGUUGGUCAAUUUGGUUAAAUAGAGCUAAUAUGUUGAUCUUAAUUUUAAAUUUUUACUGCAUCAAAUUCUUUUUGUGCCUAACCUUACUCAAGCACAUGCCUAUGACUUGCGCCUAGUACUUUGUGUUUGUGUUUUAGUGUACCUUGUGCCUUUAAUGAUUAUGCCAGCAACGCAACUAAAAAUUAGAACUUCUGUGUUACAUUUGUAGACAAAUCACACUGGCUUGUAUGUCUUCUUAAUGAAAAAGCCCAAAUCAAACAUCAACCAUCGAAUAAAUCAAUAAAAUCCUGUAAGGAUCCAAAUCUGAUUUAUGAUGAUUAAAGUACAGAAACUCUAGUUUCAAAGUUUGAGUAGUUUCCUUGUUAGAAGCAUAAAUCAAAAGAAUCUCAAUAAGCACAUAUCCCAUAAGAAGUUGCACUUGGAAACAGAAGCAUGAAAUCCACAGGAAAGGGGAACACCUACUCUGAAUUGAGCUUGUUUCAUAUCUCAAUAGAGGUUGGUGGUUUCCUUGUGAAAAUGAGAGAGGUCUUGCGGAACUCAAUUAGUUGCAUCCAUGUGCCUGAGUCUGCCUAUUUAUCUCUAAAGAGAAGCAUGUAAUGACUAUAAUUUAUCAAGACAAUGAUCUUGCACCUCUCUUGCAAAGUGACAUCAUUUUGGCAGCUUGGGAGAGAUGGAUAGUUUGUUUAGAUUUAGGAAAAUAGAUGAUGACGACAAGGAUAACUACAGAAGCUAGUUGAGGAAAAUUCUGAAAUGGUGAGCAUAGGCAAAAAAUGGGUGAGGUUUCUUGAAGUAAUUGUGGCAGGUAGAGGGGAAAGAUUAGGGAGAGAGUGCGAUUUUGUGUUCAAUUGGGUUUCAAUUUUAACAGCUUUUUCUUAAUCAUCUAAAUUAAAUAGCUGUUACUUAUUAACGUAAAGAAUAUAUGGCAUGUGCUGCAUUUGGCAAAAAAAUAAUUUUAUGGCAACCAUUCCCAGUCAAAUUUCCAUUAACAAAUUCGAGGGACAACUAAACAGAUUGAAGGACAUGGUAUGGAAUUGACAAAAAAAAAAAAAGGAAAAUAUUUUUCUGUCAAGCAUCAAAGUGCAAAACUACAUGUAUUUUUUUUUAACUUUACCUUUUUUUUCCCCCAAUCAUUAACCUUUAGGGUAUGCUUAUUUACCAUUUUUUUCCCCCAAUCAUUAACCUUUAGGGUAUGCUUAUCAGUGUUAUCAAGGCGAAAGGCGACAUUUAGGCAAUAGAGUACUCUAUGGCCUUAGGCGAGAGGCGAGGCGAGGGCCUUUUUGAAGAAAGGUGUCAUAACCUUAAUUAUUUAA